AAACAGUUCACACAUCCAUUUCAUCCAUAUUUAACAGCCACCGCAAGAAGCACAAGUGUCCAUAGUUCUGCACCUUUUUCAUUCAUUGAUCAAUAUUCCAAGCAGAAGGAGAAAAAAAAUAAAAAUUCUUUGGUAUGGGGAGUCUUCAUGAAAGCGACAUCUCUCUUUCCCCGCCACAAUUACUCAACCCCGAAUUCAACCCUCUUAACAUUCAAGAGUUUCGAACUCAAGCCCAUCGAAUGGUGGACUUCAUAGCUGAUUAUUACCAAAAUAUCGAGAGUUACCCGGUUCUCAGUCAGGUCGAACCCGGAUAUCUCCGCAGCCGUCUACCCGAAUCCGCCCCUUACCGCCCCGAGCCAUUCGAAGACAUUCUCAGGGACGUAAAAUCAGACAUCAUACCCGGAAUGACGCAUUGGCUCAGCCCGAAUUUCUUCGCCUUCUUUCCCGCCACCGUGAGCUCCGCCGCCUUCGUCGGAGAAAUGCUGUGCACAUGCUUUAACGCCGUGGGAUUCAACUGGCUGGCUUCUCCCGCCGCCACUGAGCUAGAGAUGGUCGUCAUGGAUUGGCUUGCAAAACUAUUAAAGCUUCCAAAGUCGUUUAUGUUCUCCGGCUCCGGCGGAGGUGUUAUCCAGGGAACCACCAGCGAGGCCCUCCUCGUGGCCCUCAUCGCGGCCCGUGAUCGUGCCCUCACGGCCCUCGGGUCCCACAAUAUUAAGAAGCUGGUGGUUUACGGCUCAGACCAGACCCAUUCGACGUACACUAAAGUCUGUAAGGUUGCCGGAAUCUUCCCGUCCAACAUUCGAGUUAUUCCUACGACCUCCGACGACGACUUCGCCAUGUCCCCUACGCUCCUCCGCAAAGUGAUGGAGGCUGAUGUGGCCUCAGGGCUGGUCCCACUUUUCAUCUGUGCAACAGUCGGGACAACAUCCACCACUGCCGUUGACCCAAUUGGUCAACUGGCUGACGUCGCGGAAGGUACAGGAGCGUGGCUUCACGUGGACGCAGCCUACGGCGGCAGCGCGUGUAUUUGUCCCGAGUUCAGGCACUUUUUGGACGGGAUCGAGCGUGUGGACUCGCUGAGUUUGAGCCCACAUAAGUGGUUACUCAGCUAUUUGGACUGUUGCUGCUUAUGGGUCAAACAACCCAACUUGUUAGUCAAGGCAUUGAGUACGAAUCCGGAGUACUUGAGGAAUAAACGGAGCGAGCUGGACUCGGUGGUGGAUUACAAGGAUUGGCAAGUGGGCACGGGUCGUCGGUUCAAGGCGCUCCGACUAUGGCUCGUCAUGCGAAGCUACGGGGUCGCGAAUCUUCAGAUUCACAUCCGUUCGGACAUCCGGAUGGCCAAGAUGUUUGAAGGGUUUGUCAAAUCCGACCCGUUGUUUGAAAUGGUAGUGCCGAGAACCUUUUCACUUGUUUGUUUUAGGUUUAACCCGUAUAAAGACUCCGACCCGGCUUACAUCAACCUCCUGAACAAGAAGUUGCUGGACUUGGUCAACACGACGGGUCGGAUCUACAUGACUCACACCGUGGCCGGUGAAGUGUACAUGCUUAGAUUCGCUGUGGGGGCCACGCUCACAGGAGACCGCCACGUGUAUGCCGCUUGGAAGCUGAUAAAAGAGUCAGCGGAGGCUUUGCUGAAGCGGAGUUAUUACAUUGUUUCAUGA